GGUCACACCUGUGUUAGCGCCAUACGAGCUGAAGCAGCCGCUUCAGCAGUCUCGACAAUCUGCAAGCCGUUGUCUGUGCAUGUCUACAGCUCAUAAUAAGGCUAGUAGCGACCAGCCUGAGAGUGGCAGUGCCAGCUCGCUGUACGCUGCUAUAGCCAGGAGCGCCACGAGGUCCAUGGCACUCUACUUUUCGCGACCUAUCUACUCACUUGCGCUAGUCAAUGGAUGGCAGACCCUCAGGCUGCUGGCGACCCAGGAAGGCCACUCUCUGACACCACAAUACAUGCGGCAACUUGUGCGGCAGCAAGGGGUUCUCGUCAUCGCAAAACAUUUCAUACCUCCAAUCACGAUAAAUCUUGUUCUUGGCUCAGUAUUAUGGACCACAUACUCCGAGGCAACAUCACUGCUAGAAUCACAUAUAAAUUCGCAAAUUCCCCUUGCGGCUGCGUCCGGUGCCCUCGCGGGCGGUGCGCAAGCGCUUCUCGCCGCUCCGGCCGAAAACGUCCGGUUCGUACUAGAAGGUGGCUCUCCAGCGACAGGCUGGUCCUACGCAUGGAAGGAGGUUUUCCGCGGCACAAGUGGCGACAAGACACUCUCCAAGCGAGAUGAGCUCCACCAGGCCCGCGAAGUCCGUGACUGGAUGCGCGAAGUCAGCGACAUGGCCGGACGUGGCUGGCACGGGUGGAAGUGGGGCGUCGCCAAGGACGCAUGUGGCUUCGCCGUCUUCUUUACCGUGUUUGAGAUGACACGUCGUCUCGCCGUGGCGACAAAGACCUUCUCUCAAGGCCUCAUCGAGCAAAAAUCUUCCGGCAUUUGCCGAAGUCAGGCCAUGCAGAAAAACGGUCCUCGCGUUGCACACGCGCUAACUUUAGUGACUGGCGGAGCAGUCGCAGGCUUGGCCUACGAGAUGGCCUGUCGGCCGUGGGAUAUCGCACGCAAGGCUGUCCAUGUGGACCGUGUGGUCGCCGCCGCUGAGCAUCAUUCAGUACUAUCGAUACUGCUACAGAAGUUCAGGGACGAUGGGUGGACAUCGUUCUUCAAGCGGCCCACGGUGCACGAACAUGACUCGCACGCUUCUUCCGCGCAUCGAAGACUGCAUGCUCUGGGCCGGACGUUAGGUCGCGUGGGACCAUGGGGCAUUGGAUUCUUGGCCUGGGAGGCGUUUGGACCCGGCCUGUCAUGACGUGUGUAGUCCGCGCGCAUUCCCUGUAGCUUGGGUGCAGUACACGGUCAGGCCGUGCUCACCUAAUGGGCGUAUCGCUGUGACCUAUAUUUGCUUGUGCACCCAAAGACCUACUAUACGCCGACUGUCCCACGAAUACAAGACU